GCUCGAGACUCGCGUUCAAGGUGGACGACGUGCGCCAUUUUCCACACAGUGCUCAUGUUGUGAAGAGAAUGGACUGAGAGUGUGACUGUUUUCAAUUAAAAGGAUUCUCUCUUUUAAUUAAAAAAAAAACUCCGCGUGGGGAUGACCUCCUGAAUGAAGGACAAUUAAGGCUGAAAAGGUGUUUAAUUGAACUUCAUGAGAAUUAAAUUUCUUACUAUUCUUACUUCGCGACAAAGUUGAGAGAAUUAAAUCAUGGACAGGUGAGUGCGCGAAUUGUUUGCAAUUUUAGGAGUUUAAUUACCCACAAAAAAGGUGUUUAAAGUGCAAAUUCCUGUGCAAUUAUGUGGAGUGAAAGUGCGUAGAAAUUUACCAAAAAAGGGUAACAAUUGAGGAGGAAUUGAGAAGUUCACGUGCGCAUGCGGUACGAGGGCUGCUCGUCAUUGAUUAAAUUACUCCAUCGCACCACUGUGCUAGGCCUUAAGGGGUGACGGGGUGUCAACGAGGGAGGGCCACUUCGGGCUUUUACGGCAUUUUUCCGUGGACCACCCCAAAAUGAACAUAGUUGAUUCGAGAGGGUAGUACAAGUGCAAACGAACACUCUUCCGUAUCACACACUACCCGCGCAUAGAGUUUUCCCCCAAAAGAAAAAAAUUAUUUUUCAGUGCAGAGAAAACCCUCAAAAUAGUGACAAAAAUGCCUGGAAAAGUGCAUAAAGUGAAAAUUUUGUGUUUAAUGGGUGAAAUUGUAUUGGGAAAUUGGUGAAAAUAUGUGCACAAUGCAACCUUUAACGGGGAAAAUGACCGCAUCAUCGGAAUCCUGCAACGGCGACUACCCCAAAAUGGAGGAGACUCCCACAAAGGAAUCCCUCAAUGUUCGCGAGGAUACGCAACACCAUGAAAACCCUUCAAAACGAAUGAUGUGCAUCCAAGAGGAACUCGGACAGAUGGGUAUCACGGAUCAGAAUGAUUUGCCCUACAAACCAGGACUUGACGAUCGCGACGCAUCGGACGAACACUGCCGGGGAAAUGUGGGCGGCUGUGGGGGGAUGGGCGGUAGCGGAAGCCCAUGGGUACCGGGUGGAAGUGGCUUUGGGGCGGAUGGACUGAAACCAGCUGGCUGGAUGGAUGGCCUUCUGGGCUGCAUGCGACCCGUCCUGUCGCUCAUUGGGAAGGCCACUGUUGACAUGAAGGGAAAGCAAACGGAGGAGUGGGAGAUUCCCUUUGAGGACAUCACAGAUCUCGAAUUUCUCGGUUCUGGGGCUCAGGGAUCGGUGUUCAGUGGCAAGUGGCGCAAUGAAAUUGUUGCGGUGAAGAAAGUGCAUGACAUCCUCGACACAGACAUAAAGCAUUUGAGAAAACUCGACCAUGAAAAUAUCAUAAAAUUCAAGGGAGUUUGUACAACGGCGCCAGUGUAUUGUAUUAUAAUGGAGUUUUGCCCGUAUGGCACACUGCAGAAUAUACUGAAGGACGAGGAAGUUGUCCCGCCAUCGAGACUCGUGUCGUGGGCCAAACAAAUCGCACUCGGCAUGCAAUAUCUCCACUCGCACAAAAUUAUUCAUAGAGACCUGAAAAGCCCAAACAUUCUCAUUGGUGAGAAGGAAGUAGUGAAGAUCAGCGAUUUCGGGACGUGCCGCGAGUGGAAUGAGAUUAGUACAAAGAUGAGUUUUGCCGGAACAGUGGCUUGGAUGGCGCCGGAAGUGAUAAAGAGUGAACCAUGCUCUGAGAAGGUGGACAUUUGGUCAUAUGGCAUUGUCCUGUGGGAAUUGCUCACGUGCGAAAUUCCCUACAAGGAUGUGGAUUCAUCAGCAAUCAUUUGGGGUGUGGGCAGCAAUCAGCUGCAAUUGCCCAUUCCCAAAACCUGCCCCGAAGGAUUUGCCCUCCUGCUACGGCAGUGCUGGUGCCUGAAGCCACGCAAUAGACCGUCCUUCAGGAUAAUCCUGACACAUUUGGAAAUUGCGGGGAAUGAACUGAUGAAGCAGAGUGAGGUGGAGUACUUCAAGUCGCAGCAGAACUGGCGUCAGGAGAUUCAAACCCACAUGAUUGCCAACAGUACAAAUGCCCAGAAAUUUGAGCAGGACCUCAUUAAAAAGCGACAAGAGGAGCUGAGGCACAUCAAGGAUAUUCGAAUGGUGUACGAGAGGAAGCUUGAGAAGACUAAUCAACUCUUCCUCGAGGUCAAUGAGUUCCUACAGCAGCUAGCCUACAGGGAGCGUGAAGUGCACGAGAGGGAGAAGAUGCUCCCGGGCUAUAAGCGAAAGGUUGUGAAUCCACUGCGAAGGGCACAUGAUAAGAUCUCACGAAAGAAGUGUACAAGUCUCUAUGUAGCUGAUGCUAUUCACGAUCCAACGAGCCCCAUUCGUGCAAAUCUCUACGCUCAACUGGAUGGCUCCAAUCAACCAAAGUCAGUGGCUGUGGCACCAAAUAAAUCGCAUAAGAAGAUGCGCCACCGACGUGUGGGAUCGGGUACAAUUGCAUCACCCAAGGCAAGUCCAAAUCGCGAUCGUCGGUAUCAGAGUGAACCGGAGGCGCGUUUUGUGCGUUUUGUGGAUACAGAGACACAGACAGAUGCCAUGGAUAUUAGUGAAACAGACGGCAGCCCCAGUCCAUUCCUCUCAAUGCGAGAUGAACAUCAGCGUCCGAGGCAUGUAGCCGCCGUUGCACCCCUCCAGGCAUCAUCGAGAAGGGCAUCAGGGAGUGAUCAGCCGACCCAUCAUGGGCUCACAAGUCCCAAUGGGAACUCCAUGAGCACAAGUGAUAUCACGUACCAGGACGCGUGCUCGAGUCCCGAUCUCCUGGACGAUGCAAUGAACAGCAAUGAGCGUCUGGAGAUACGCGAAUGCAGCGAUGAUGAUCAUCUUGAGAUUCUGGGGCGGAAGGUGACGCAACUCAUCACAGGGGAGAAUGGGAACCUCAAUGCGUACAUUGAGAAGCGGGGCUUUAUCAGUGUCUCAUCCGACAGUGGGGAGGUGACAGUAUUCCGGCCAAGUGGGGCCAACACCUUCACAAAUGGCGGCACAAAUGGCGCCAAGGAUCUCAAUAAUGGCGACUCACGCGACGAACGCAGCAACGACAGCUGGACUGAUGAGGAGGGUGAAGAACCGUCCGACUACAAUUAUUCAUUGCGCAGGAGAAGUUUGGCGCGCCUCCCGAUAAGUCGUGGCAUGAGAUGUCGUCGCUACAAGUACCCAACACUCAGCCCAACGCCCGCAGUGACUGUUAAUCCCAUCAGCAUCCCUCCAGCCAAUGGGGCAGUACUCUCAGAUGAGGAGAACACCUCUGAAUGUAGUCCACCCCCAUCGAGUCAGCAUUCGACGCUCGAUAGUAACGCCGAGGCGCCCAAAGUCAUGCCACGCAGCCCCAAACGUGGGCAUGUGGUACGACCACGGAGCACAAGCACGAGUAGCUCUUCCUCGUCGGAUUCGGAGUCAGAGCAUGAGGAUGACGAGAGAACUACUCGACUUCCUCAAGCGGCUCAUGUUUAAAAGAAGAUGUCACAGCAGCAAAUUGCUUUGUAUACCCUUCACUUCUUUGUAAACAAGAAUAACAACAAAUCGUGUGUUCACAGCAAUGGGUGGGCAGAAAUGUGUGCAACACCCAAAAACGACUGACGAAAAUCUCUCCCCUUUAGUGGAAGAAUUUAUAGUUUAAGCUUUUUCUCCACUAAAUAUUUUUUUUUUCAUUUGCUCCAGAUAAAAAACUCAUCUUCUGAGCUUCACAAAAAAACACAACUAGAAAUUUUCUUUUGUCUCCCUUUUCCUCCCUCUAUAUUCCCCCUUUUUUGCUAAUUAAUUUGUAAUAAUUUCCCCAAAUAAAAUUCUUUCCUUCAACAAGAAAUUUCCUCUCUAUUUAAACAAUUUUCUCAAUAAUAUUUUCCCACUAUACAAUAAAUUUGUAUCUCUAUAAUCCCUUUUCACAUCCAUCCAAGAGUUAUGAAAAGAAAAUGUGUAUAGAAUGAUUUAGAGAAUUAAAAAAAAAAACAAAACUAAUUGUAAGAUUAAGUAUUUAAGAACAAGAAAAAUAAUAAUUCUCCCUCAUAUGAGAUUGCAUAGAAGAAAUUAUAUAAAAAAAAAUUCUUACUUUUCAAAGAGGAUCUUUUUUCUCACUGUGCUUUCAAUGAAAAUGUAAAGGAAUUAUUAAUGAAAAAAAAUCAGUGCCAUGUGAAAGUAAAGAAAUUUUUUUUAGAAAUAAUGGUAAAAGGAAUUUUGAAAGAAAAAAAAUUAUGGGUUUUAGUAUUAAAUUAUAUUAAUAUUUGGCCUCUUAUGUGUACCUACCUAUUUAAUUUUAUCGACACACAAAAAUAAAACAAGAAAAGCAUCAUUCAGACAACAAAUAGCAAAAAAAAAGAAAAUAUAAAAAAUAUUUAAAAAUGGAACGUGCCUAUAAAAAAUAAUAAUUCAAUUGACAUAAAACAAUGAAAAGAUAGAGAAAAGAUUACUUAUAACAAAAAAAAAACGUGGAAAGGUUGCCUCCUCUUUGUUGUACCUGUGUUGAAGACAUUUUUUUUCAAAAGGCAUGAAUUAAAAAAAAAGAAAACAAAUUGAAAUUAAUCAUACAAAAAAUGUUUAGAAAAUAUAAAUCACUAAAAUUCAAGAAAAUAUUUAUAUAAAAAAAAUGCCCAAAUUGAACAUUUUUUGUCAUAAACUCAAAAUAUAAAUUUAGUUUGUAAAGUAAUGAAAAAAAAAAGAUAAGAAAAAAAGAACAUUAGCCUACAAGUAUUUUUAAGUAAAAGAAAAACUAUUAAAUAUAAUAUAUUUAGGACGUAGCGAGAAAAAUGAGAUAAAUUAUGAGAUUCUAAUAAAUCUUGCAGUAUUCUUUUUAAUAUGAGGAGAAAUGAUUAAAUAAAAGGAAAUGUUAUAAUUGCAUGAAGAAAACUUUUCAAUUUUUCAUUGAAAAAGAAUUUAGUAAAAGAAGAAAAACUACCUGUAUAAUGAUAUUAUUAUGUUAAUAAUUUUCCUUUCCAAUUCAAAACAUUCCUCUGACUUUUAUAAUUUCUUUUCUUCUUCAUUCUCAUUUCUUUUUCUUUCUUGAUUUUUCAGUAGGAAUAAUUUCGGGAGAAAAGAGUGAGAAAGAGAGAAAGAAAAAUAAUAUUUUUCAUGUAUAUUUUUUCACAAUUUGUAGGCGCAAGAAUGGUAGAACAAGCAAAUAAGUAUAUAAAACUUCUUUUUCACACACAAAAAUACAUAAAAAAAGAUUAUAAAAAAUGUGUAAUUUUUAAUAAUAAAUAAGACUUGUAGUGAGAUGAACAAUUACAUUGAAAAGAUGAUAAAAGACACCUUUGCUUGUAUAUGAAAGAAAAUGUUAAAAAAGAAGAAGAAAUAAUAUACAACAAAAUCUUUUCAAAAAGCCAUGAAA